AUGUCUGCAGCUCAAGAAGUCCGCGCCGGCGCCCAAGGACCGCUCGCUCCCGCACCGCCUCCAGUGCUGUGCUGUUACUACGAUCCCACGUGGGCCAACGAGACGCAGCGCGGCGACUGGGCCUACGACCUGCGGGAGCACUUCCGCGACGAGCACUGCAGCCACGCCGUCUUCGUCGGCGCCCAGUACAGGGAACGCGCAAUCGAGCUGCCAGACUAUGCGGCAGCUGCCCUGGAGCAGUUCCUGUUAUUGAGGCGGCGUGGCCUGUCCCUGCUGGCUUCCGUGUUCGUUGUGGACGCAAGCUGGGCGGCGCAAGAGAGCGGCCACUUCGCCUCCACCGCGGCCGCGUGGCUGCGCCGACACGGCUUCCAGGGUCUCGAGCUGGACGUCGGUCGCAACGCUGUGUCCACGGGAUACGACGCGCUCGUCAUGGCAUUAUCGAAAGAGCUACGUGCCCACUUACCGCUUCUGAUACUCAGCGUAAACGUCUACCCGGAACCGAGCUUCAUGAAGCAUGUGAACGUAAAGCAGAUACACGACGAUGCGGACAUUCUGGUGCUCAAUACGCAAGACCUUGUGAACGACGACCAGGUGACGGCGGCUCACUCAGCACUCUACGGAAAGCACUCGUGGAACAGCAGUCUGGCUGCUGUGUACGCCCUCACUGGCUCCCUGUCCCAGUUGGUACCCGUCGUAUCGUUCACAUCGCGGGAGUUCGAGCUACAGGAGCCGCUGCCGGGGCCGACCAGCGUCUCGGCGGGCCUCGGCUGCCAGGGGCCUGCCGACCUAACGCCGUACCAUUUUGCGGCCGGCCACAGGGCUUUCUUCGAGGUAUGCCAAAUCAUAGACGAUCCUUCGUGGUCCAACGUCUGGCAGGCCGACGACUAUUGCUACAUGCAGGCCAAAGGGAAACGCUUCGUCGUCUUGGAAGAAAGAGAGAGCGUCACUUGCAAAGUAAAGUUCGCAGCAGCCCACCGCCUCCUUGGCGUAGCGCUCAAGCGCAUGGAUGCGGACGCCUUCCGCUCAUCGCCCGAGUGUGGACCCGCUCUGCCGCUUCUGAACACGGUGGUCAGGGAGAUGCACCGGCUACAGCCCCGCCCUCACGGCGAACUGCACCAAUGGACGCACGCCGAGCGGCGACUCACCGUGGUGCGAGCCAACGGAAAGAUGGCCUGUCUCAGCCACGCUCACUGACUGCAU